AACUAAGUCCUGGGCACAGGGCGGACACACCUGUAGCACCUUCAUCAUCAUCUUCACCCUCAUUACCUGAACCUCUGAGCAGCUGCUCCAGCUGUGCGGCAGCAGCACAGAGGAAGAGGAGGAGGAGGAGGAGGAGGAGGAGUGACUGUCAGGAUGAAGACCCCGACUCUCCGACUCCCACGGUCAGUCCAGUUCAGGGAUUCACGUCUGUAUGCAAGCAGGCUAUUGUGGGGGCGGAGCCUGACUCCAACAGGAAGAGGUCACACAGCGCUAGUGAGUCGGGACUCUGUGAAAAACCUCAAACCGAAACUGAAAAUGAACUUUUCUUCCACAAGGUGAGAGAAACACGACCUGCUGAACACGCCCACGUUUAUCUGCACCACUUCGGUUUCACUCUGUACACUCUGCCCCGCCCCAUUUCAAUACAUCAACGCAGUUUUAUUAUUAUUACUAUUAUUAUUGUAUUACUGUUAUAAUAUUUAUAUUAAUAAUAAUAGUAUUUAUUAUUAUUAUUAUUAUUAUUAUUAUUAUUAUUAUUAUUAUUAUUGUAUUACUGUUAUAAUAUUUAUACUAAUAAUAAUAAUAGUAUUUAUUAUUAUUAUUAUUGUUUUUGUUUUAUUAUCAUUUUAAUUUAUUAAUAUAUUUUUUUGUAUUUUUUUAUUGUCAUCAAAUCUCAGCGUAUCAGAGAUAAUGGUGUUCAGAUUCUGCUGACAGCCUCAGAUCCACUCAGUCUGGGGUGUUUCUUUCCACACAGCUCAGGGUCGUUAAACUUCCACAGAGAACCUUUGAGGCUCAGGUUAGCGCCUCCGCUAGUUUCCCAUCAUGUGUUAUCUGCAGUUACAUUAGCUUCUGUAUAAAUGUUCCCUUCAGUCGGCGGUCCGACCUGUGGGUCCACCAUGAAACCAUCCUGCGUCAUGUUCUUAAAGGACGUCUCUGUCCGUCUCCUUUAAAGAACUUCCUGUCGGUGUGAAGACAGAAGUUUGACCGACUCCUCCUGUCUGAGCUGGUCCACCUUAAAAACAGGGUCGCCAUGACCUCAGAGCAGCCUCAGGUGUUGUUGUGGUUGUUGUUAGUAAUUACUCUCAUCCUUUAAUUGUUGUUUUGGACCACAGCUGCUGUCCUCGUUCAGCUCGUCUUAAAACCCAUUUUUAUUCAUUGGCUUUUAACCCUCCAUGACACUCGGCUCCUGUUUUAGUGUUUUAUGGUUUGUUUUUAGUUAUUUGUUUCUAUGUUUUUAAAUUAGUUUUUAAAAACAUUGAAGCUAUAUUUUAUUAUUAAUUCUGCUUUUAUUUUAUCCAUUGUUUUAAUUGUUUCUUAAUUGUUUUUUAUCUUGUUGUUUUUGUCCUGUUAUGUACAGCACUUUGUACAGCUGUGGUUGUUUUAAAGUGCUCUACAAAUAAAGUUGAGUUGAGUUGAGUUGAGCUGAACUGACAUCGUGACGUCAAACAAGUCAAACCGUCAUUAGAAGAAGCCGCAGCUCCGCCGUCCUCAGCGUCCUCUCAGGGUUAGAUUUAGCAGUAUGAGCUCAGAGGUCAGAGGUCGCUGAGGUUUUCAGGGCUCAAUCAUCUUAUUGAUUCUCCUGAUUGAUCUGAUUCUCUAUCGAUCCCUGUAUCAAAUUUUCAAACACAGAUCAGAAGUUUAUUCCCGCUUCGCUCUGAUCUGGAGUCUGGAUUCUGAUUGGCUCACAUUAACGACACUAACCAAAGAGAGGACAUGUCCGGGUAAACGAGGACGUAUGGUGACAUAAAUGUAGACUUCAGAGACCAUAAACAUGAUCAAUUUAUCCGUCCAGUUUGGGAGGAUGUCUAAAACCAUCAGCCCGCCCACUUCCCAGCAUGCACCGGGAGGCUCUGAGAGUGUGGAAUAAUAAAUCAGAAACAGGGACGGUGAAGUGAAAGUUGUUGUCUGGAAGGUCAGAUAUCAGAGCGUCCUGAGAGAGGGUCUGAGGGUCUGAGGGUUCAGGUUCUCCUGCAGUCUGGAUCUGAGGAGGGGGGGGGCGGAUCAGUUUCUCAGCUGUUAAUGUCUGCAUCUCACACACACACACACACACACACACACACACACACACAUCAAUGCUAACCGGCCUCUCUGUCUCUCUCAGUGCUCAGACCUGCAGUGCUACAUCCAGCCGCUGUCCUCCAUCCUGCAGGGCCUGAGAUCAGGACGCUACUCUGACCGUGAGUGUCUCUGUCACACACACACACACACACACACACACACACUGUCGCCCCCUGCAGGUUUGACCUCAUCAUGUAAAGGUAGCUGAUGAUACCGUUCCUGCUCUUCAGUUCUUGUUUCUGGUUCAGACAGUCCACUUGUACCCGGUCCUUUGGUCUCCACGGUAACAGAACAGUUGUAGAACCCAACCGCCGUCUGAGACAGGAACACAUGGAUGUCAGCGUUACAGCUGUAUCAAAUUUAACACGAUAUAAUGGCGCUCAGAUCUCCUCCUGGGGUUGACGUCCAAUCAGAGCGGUCAGAGACAGACAUCGUUCUACUG